AUGGCGGAGCAGAAGCAGCGGCAGCAGUAUGGCGGGGGCAACUCGACGCGCAACCCGUACAGCCGCGGGGGCGGGGCGGCCUGGGCGCGCAACUCGCAGGGCGCGCGCGCCAACGCGCAGCGCAUGCGCGCGGGCCGCGGCAUGACGCAGGCCAAGCAGCACGCGCUCAAGCAGGGCGACGAGCUGGACCGCAAGUUCGGCUUCUGCCUGCUGCCGGAGCUGCUGGAGCAGGAGGAGGAGGCGCGCAAGGGGCAGCCCCAGGCGGACGCCCCCGAGGACCGCGCCAAGCUGGGCUGGCUGCUGAACCUGCGCGCGUGCACGCUGCCCGACCCCGCGGAGGGCAAGCACGAGGUGAGCGGCCUGGAGCUGUACUUCCUGGAGCAGGACGGCAAGGCCUUCAAGACGCGCGUCAUCUACCAGCCCUACUUGUACGUGCGGCCCGAGCCCAACCGCUCGCAGGACGUCAUCGCCUACUGCCUGCGCAAGUUCGAGGGCCUCGUGGCCAAGGCCGAGCGCGUGUUCCGCGAGGACCUGGACAUGCCCGGCCACCUCAACGGCAAGCGCGCGCUGUACGUCAAGCUGAGCUUCGCCACGGUCUCGGACCUCAUGGCCGUCAAGAAGGAGCUCGCGCCGCUCGUGGCCCGGAACCAGGAGCGGCUGCAGGCGCGCCAGGCCUACGAGAUGCAGGGCCAGGCGCGAGAGCAGGUCACCGAGGACGACCUGAUCUUUGGGGGAGGCGUCGACGCUGAUGGCGUCAAGGGAGCGGGCACCGACGAGAGCGAGAGCGCGCUGCUGGCGCUCAGGGAGUACGACGUCCCGUACCCCAUGCGCGUGGCCAUUGACCUGGACAUCCGGGUCGGAGCCUGGUACCACGUCGACUACGACCCAACCGCGCCCUACGCGCCGUCGGACGUGAGGCGGCAGAAGGACAUGGUGGACAAGGCGGAGCCCGUGGUGUGCGCGUUCGAUAUCGAGUGUACCAAGGCCCCGCUCAAGUUCCCGGACGCGCAGGUGGACCAGAUCUACAUGAUCUCGUACAUGAUCGACAGACAGGGUUACCUCAUCGUGAACCGCGAGUUCGUGUCCGAGGAGAUCCAGGACUUCGAGUACACGCCGAAAGAGGACUACCCCGGCCCGUUCAUUGUGUUCAACGAGGAGAACGAGGAGCAGUUGCUGAAGCGGUUCUUCGAGCACGUGAUCGAGGAGAAGCCGCACAUUUUCGUGACGUAUAACGGAGACUUCUUCGAUUGGCCGUUCAUCGACGCGCGCGCUCAAGUUCACGGCAUCAAUAUGGCGCAUGAAAUCGGCGUCUCGCUGGACGAGCGCAGCGGCGAAUACCGUGGCCGCUGCAGUGUACACAUGGACGCCUUCUGCUGGGUGAAACGUGACUCGUAUUUGCCUCAAGGAAGUCAAGGUCUGAAGGCCGUGACCAAGUAUAAGCUGGGAUAUGACCCGGUGGAGGUGGACGCUGAAGAUAUGGUUGCGCUCGCUCGUGAUGAACCGCUGAAAAUGGCCUCGUACUCGGUCUCCGAUGCUGUGGCCACAUUCUACCUGUACGACAAGUACGUGCACUUGUUCGUGUUCUCGCUGUGUACGAUUAUUCCUCUGGGCUCCGAGGAUGUUCUUCGAAAAGGUUCUGGUACACUGUGUGAGGCGCUGCUUAUGGUCGAAGCCUUCGGUGGUAACAUUAUUUGUCCGAACAAGCAAAGCUCCGCCCGUGAAGAAAAGUUUUAUAAGGGUCACCUUGUGGAGAGCGAGACUUAUGUCGGCGGUCACGUGGAGUGUCUGGAGUCUGGUGUCUUCCGCGCGGAUUUCUUGUACGACUUCCAAUUGGUUCCCAGCGCCUUUCAGCAGCUUAUCGACAAUGUUGAUCGUGAUCUUCGGUUCUCGUUGGAGGUUGAGAUGAACGUCCCACUCGACCGCGUUGCUAACUAUGAUGAGGUGAAGAAGGAUAUCGUUGAUCGUCUCGUUGGACUGCGCGAACGACCGAACCGAAAGGAACAGCCGCUGAUUUAUCACUUGGAUGUGGCUGCCAUGUACCCGAAUAUCAUUCUUACCAAUCGGCUGCAGCCCUGUGCUAUUGUCAACGAAGCGGACUGUGCAGCUUGCGCGUACAACACCGAGUGUGGUCGAGCAGCCAUCAAAGAUAAGGACGCAUCCUGCCAACGUGAAAUGGACUGGGUGUGGCGCGGUGAUUUCUACCCUGCCACGCGUCCAGAAUACUAUUCCAUCAAGACCCAGAUCGAAUACGAAAACUUUCCUCUGGAAAAGAAGGGAGUGCCGGCCAACACGGACGCAGGAAAAAGAACCAAUGGUGCAGCAUCCACUGUCCCAUUCGCUCAACUACCGACCGAUAAGCAAGAACUACUGCUGAAACAGCGAUUCAAGUCGUACUGUUCCAGUGUGUACAAGAAGACCAAGGUGACGGAGGAGCAGAAGCGCUCUGCCACUGUCUGCAUGCGCGAAAACCCGUUCUAUGUCAACACAGUGCGAGCCUUCCGUGAUCGUCGGUAUGACUACAAGGGACUUACGAAAGCUUGGAAGAAGAAGGUGUCGCAAGCUGCGGAGGCGAAGGACUUGUUGGCAAAGAUUGAUGCGCAAAACAAGUGCCUCGUGUACGACUCGUUGCAGCUGGCCCAUAAGUGUAUUUUGAACUCGUUCUACGGUUAUGUCAUGCGCAAGGGUGCACGAUGGCACUCCAUGGAGAUGGCUGGUAUCGUGACACACACGGGAUCCAACAUCAUUACGGGUGCUCGUGAGUUAGUGGAGCAGAUUGGACGGCCGCUGGAGCUGGAUACAGAUGGUAUUUGGGCCAUUCUCCCCAAAUCCUUCCCGGAAACCUUUUCGUUCAAGCUGAAGGAUGGCGGAUCGAGGAGUAUUUCAUACCCGUGUGUGAUGCUGAAUGCAGACGUGCACGCGAAGUUCACCAACCCUCAGUAUCACGAGCUAGACCCGGAGUCAGGGAAGUACAACACGCACAAGGAGUGUUCUAUUCUGUUCGAGGUGGAUGGACCCUACAAGGCCAUGGUUCUCCCUGCUUCCACUGAAGAAGGCAAGCUGCUCAAAAAGCGCUAUGCAGUCUUCAACUUCGACCACUCGCUAGCUGAGCUGAAGGGCUUUGAGCUCAAGCGGCGUGGUGAGCUACAACUGAUUAAGGCGUUCCAGUCGCAAGUAUUCGAGUGCUUCCUCGACGGUGACAGUUUGGAGGAGUGUUACGCAUCGGUGGCGAAGUGUGCAAACCGGUGGCUUGACGUGAUUGAUACUCGCGGCAAGUCGAUGGAUGACGAAGAGCUUAUGGCACUGAUUACGGAGAACAAAAGUAUGUCCGGCAAGCUCGAUGAGUACGAAGGCCAGAAGUCAACCUCUAUCACUACCGCUAGGCGAUUGGGCGAGUUCCUCGGUGAAGAAAUGAUCAAGGAUAAGGGUCUGACUUGUAAAAUGAUCAUCGCUGCGCGUCCCUACGGUGAAAAGGUGACAGAGCGUGCUAUCCCCACGGCGAUCUUCGCAACUGAGGAUGCUGUUAAGAAGCACUUUCUAAAGAAGUGGCUGAAGGACCCGCACCUUCAGGACUUCGACAUCAGGUCCAUUCUUGACUGGGAUUACUACCGGACGCGUUUCGCCUCCACGGUACAGAAAAUUAUUUCGCUGCCGGCCGCCUUCCAGAAUGUGAGAAACCCAGUGCCUCGAAUUGAGUUGCCGGACUGGAUGAGAAAGCAAGUUCGUGAGAAGAACGCUAAGCACCAACAGGGUAACAUGAAGCAGUUCUUCAAGGCAGCAGACAAGAGUGCUAGUAACGGAGAUUACGUUGCCCAGCUGAUCGAUAUGGAGGAUUUAAUGAAGGGAAAACAACCAUCGCGUGCUGGAAAGCCUCAAUCACGAAAGCGAGGGAACAAAGCAAGCGACGACACUGACAACAGCAGUCCAAUCGAAGAAAUUGACGAUGAUGAUGUGGAAGAUGUUCCUGUAGCGAAGGUCAAGCUUGGAGAAGUGCCAUUCACAGACUGGCUGAAGAACAGAAAGAAAAAAUGGAAAUCGAUGCUGGGAAAGCGGCGGCGAGAACGAGAAGAGCGCAUGCGCAACUUCAGUGGUGCUGGUGGAUUUGGCAUGGCAAACAGUGCACAUGGCAGUGCCAAGCGCUUCCAGAGUGGUGCCACCAGUGCUCUUGCAGCAAAAGGCAACGGUGUUGGUAUGGAGAACUUCGUUUUCGAUGCAGGCAGUGCGCUGCAGAGGGAGUACUGGCAGAUUGUGGAGAUUCAACAAGAACAAGGCGGAAUAUUCACCUGCUGGGUCCUUACUGGGCAGUCACGGAUGCUUCAGCGUAUUACCUUGAAGAUGCCACGAGUUUUCUACAUCACAUGCGACGAAGGAGACCAGGAGAACCUGCUAUCCUUGUUGCCAGGUUCUCGUCGUGUGUCUCGAAUUGUGCCUCACUACUCGUCGAAACCGCAGUCGGUGUUGGAGGUGAUGCUUAGCGAGCGUCAGUACCAGCAGUACCACAAGGAAAUCAGUCAGAUUCUUGGCGAUCCUCAUGUCAAGGGCGUGUAUGAGCUGCAGGUGUCUGCGUUGACCCGGGCCGUUUGCGCACUUGGCUGCGUGGCAAAGGUUGUGAACCCGCACCUCUCGAGCACCAACCAAGAGUACGAGCUGAGUGAUCUACAGUUCCAGUCUACAGCCCAGGCACCGUAUCUUAUGGAUCCGCAGCGCUCACUGGCGAAUGGGGCAGGUUCGGCACCACCGAACUCACUGAUGCGACGAGUGCUGCUUUACUUUGCGCAACAGAAGAAGCGUGCUAUCCUGGGCUUGGUUGUGCUGAAGGAGGAAGAUGAUGGCGUCAGUGCUGAAAGUUUGGGAACUGCUAUCAACGAGGGCGAUGCAAACGUUUGGUAUGUCGACCCGUUCUCCAACGUGAAGUCUCGAGGCUCGGAUUUGAGGCAGUUCUUCGACCAACUGCUUCUCGAGGCUCAAGAGGAAGGUGGCACUGCUCCUAUUCAGAGCUGCUCGUUCAAGACGCAUGUGGUGAAGACGGCAGCAGAAGCUUUCUCUGGUGUGAACGCUACCCUAGCACGGCUGGCGUCGAACAAGCAGCUAGCCCCCAAGCCGACCAUCGUGGUGGCGCAGACGUGCAUCCCGUCCAGCAAGCGACUUCGCGAGAGGAUGCAGGGCCUGCACAGUUUCCCUAUUGCGAUGCUACCGUGGAAUGAGGAGGACACGUUGUUCCCAGCUCUUACGUGGCGCAAGCUCAUGGGAGAAAAGAUGCUGACGCGUUGCUUUGAGAUGACGCAGUACUAUUCCGAUGUACUGGACUGUGCGCGGUAUGCUCACUUGCCUGUGGGCAACUUCACGGGUGACCACUCCAUCGCUAUUCUGGACACCCUGUACUCCCGUAUUUUGACCAAGCACAAACAUCUGUGGUGGCACUCGCCGACAUCGCUUCCAGAUCUUGGUGGCAAAGAGCAAGAGCAACAGUUCCAACAGCUCUUCAGUCAAUCGCUCCUAGGAUCCGCUCAACAGUCUUCAAAGAAGAAGGGUGAUGCGGUAUCGCAGCAUCGGGUGGACACAUCCGUGGUCGUAUGCGAGAAGGGAUCCUUUGUCGAUGUGUGCGUCGAGCUCGAGUUGGAUGGCCUCGCAGUCAAUGCAAUCCUGGUGGCUUCGCAAAUCCACAGUAUCGAAGGCCUUGGAGUCGCUCACCAGAUGGAGAUUGAUUUCGAUGGUAAUGGUGAGGGUGAAUCGAGCUCCAAGGGAGACAACGCAGCAGCACCAGCGGUUGCAGAAGGCGAUGCCGAGGAAAGCUGCCACGAGGCCUUCAGACUAUUGCGUGUGAUGGUGACUACGCUUUUCAAGGACUUCCUGGCUAGCCGCAACAAGUUCGCUGAUCACGUGCUGCAGCAGUUCUACCGGUGGCUCUGCUCCCCUAACUCACUAAGUUUCGAUCCAGCACUGCACGCCAUGGUGAAGCGUCUUAUGGAGAAGCUGUUCUUGCAGCUUCUCGCGGAGUUCAGACGUCUUGGAUCCCAGAUCGUGUACGCCGACUUCAGCAAAAUCAUUGUGUGCACGAAGAAGAAGUCGGUGCGUGACGCCCAGACGUACUUGAAUUUCAUCCUGCAAACGGUGCUGUCCAAUGAGCUCUUCCAGGUGCUCAACUUCACGCCGAAGAAGUACUUCUCGAACCUGUUCUUCUUGGAUGCGGAGAACUACGGCUGUAUUCUGUUGAAGAACGUGGUGCCCGAGGAAGAGCAAGAGGAGAGUGAUCCUGAUGCGGAUGCCAGUGACGAGAAACCUCUUGAAAUUGUGUCGCACUGGAACAUCGCAAACUACUUGCCCCGCGGAGUUGACGAGUACUUCCUGAUCCUCGUAGGCCAAUUCAUUCGGCGGCGUGCUGAGUUCCAGCGUCGUCGGCUUCUCAAGGGCGGUGACGCCAAGGUGGAUGCUGUGGAGGAUGCAGAUGACCAGCCUCUGGACGAAGAUGAGAAGCAGUUGAGUCCGCUGGCGAAAUACUCGCAACGACUUGUGUCGUCGUACUUCUCGGACAAGAUGCUGCGGCUCGUUCCAGAGAUUCUGACGUACAACAUGGACCGGGACAGCUUCCCAGUGUUCGCCGGCUCGCAUCUUGCCAUGGAGUCUCCCGCGCUGGAGCUGGUGAAGUUCGUGAGCGCCGUAUUCUUGCUCGAACCGAGUGUGGAAACGCAAGUGGGCAAGAUGAGGCGCACUUUGCUCAAGCUGCUGCGUAUGAGUGAGUUCGCCGACGAGGCGCAGUUCCGUAACCCGUCGCUGUCCUUCACCGUGCAGGACGUCAUUUGCCUGUGCUGCAAUCUCUGUCGGUCCGUGGACUUGUGUCGAGACCCGCAGUUGUUCAAGGGCAGCGCGUCGCGGUCGGACGAAAAGGACGGAGGGCAGGAAACUGGAGACAACGCCGAGGCCACCUCUGCCUGGCACUGCCCUCGAUGCUUCGCGCUCUAUGACAAGACGGCGUUCGAGAUGCGGCUCGUGGAGAUGGUGCAGGCGCAAUCCGUGGCGUACCAGCUUCAGGACUUGUACUGCCGCAAGUGCCACCUGCCGGCCGAGCACAAAAUGCGCGAGUACUGCCCGUGCUCGGGCACGUACGCGUUGAUGCCUGGCGUUCGCGAGUCCCUCCUCGAGACGCUGCGCCUGUUGAACCGCAUCGCCCAGCAGCACAACUUCGAGUGGCUAUUGGAGACUGUCCAGCGCCUAGAGCGCGAGGCUGCGCAGCCGCUGCUGAUGUAA